AUGGCAACUGCAACGAAUUCCACUCAACGUCGAAUAAUGAUCAUUACUAGUGAUGAAAGAAUUAUUGACCAAAUUCGAACUAUCAAUAAUCCAUCAUCAUGUGAAACACUUCUUUUAGAAUGUCAAGGAAACAAUAAUUCAUCGCCACUAGCUUAUAAUCAAUCAACAAAUCAUAAAAAGACGAAAACUGCUUCAUUCACUUGUGCUAUUUGCGGAUCAUUAGCUCUAGGACGCAAUUUUGGUGUCAUCACAUGUGAAAGUUGCAAAAUCUUCUUUCGUCGUAAUGCACUAAAAGAUCUGGCGGAAGAAAAAGUACAAAAUCGUUAUAAAACAAAAGAAAAUCAAAAUUUUAUAUCGCAAACAAAUAAUGAAACAUAUGAACAAAGAUUUGAGUUGCGAUCAUCAACAUAUCCAACUCAUUUAUUAACAUCCAACAAUACAAAUAUGAUUUAUACAGAUUUUAUGGAGUUUUUACCACAAUCAUUAUUUCAAUUAAAUCAAGCUAUGUUAAGUUCAGAAGAUAUACAACGUAUAGAAUCUGUUCAAAUUGCGUUUGAAAAACGUAUUGAACUCGCUACUUGUGAUGGUCUUCCAUGGAAUCCAUCUGUAUAUGCAACAUCUCUUCUCGAAUAUUUAAAUUCUCGUUCAGUAUCAGCACUGCGUUUUUUAACAUUUUUUAAACAAAUACCUGAAUUUAAUCAAUUACAUGUUAAUGAUAAACUUAUUUUAACUAAAUAUAAUCUUUUGCCACUUUUUAUUCUUAAUUGUGCACUUUUAUUUAACAUAGAUACGAAACAAAUUCGAGAAACUUAUACUGAUGCGCCAUGGAAUUCAUCUAUAUUACAAAUAAUUCAUGGAAGCGAAACUUGUUUAAAAGUUAAAAAACUCUUUCGAUCAUUUGUACAUAUUAGAUUAUAUGAUUAUAAAAUAAUACAAUUAGUCCUUGUUGUACUUUUUCUAACGAAAGGUCUUUCAACAGGUGGUGGUGUACCUGAACCUAUUCUUAAUGAUGGUAUGGCUGUUUAUCGUGCACAGAAUUAUUAUUUAGAAUUAUUAUGGAAAUAUAUGGAAACAAUACAUGGUUUUGAACAAGCUUUUCGCAUAUAUAAUAAAAUUAUUACACGAUUUUUAACAUGGCAAAAGAUGGAAAAAAGAUUACGACAUAAUAUGGAACAGAAUUUAUCAAGAACAGACGAGAAUGAACUGUUACCAUUGAUGAAAUCAUUGCUUCAUAUUUCUUGA